AUGGCAAACUUAGCCCGGCGGCGGAGCUUGGUGGAGGCAGUCGCGGGCGCCCCCGACCGGACGACGCCCCUCUGGUGGAUCGCCGCCUCCCCGGCCGCCGCGGCAGCCAUUCGGCGGGACUUGAUCGCGGCCGGCGGCGGGGGCUGGCUGGCCGUCUCGGUACUCACGCUCCGGCAGGCCGCCGACCGGCUCACCAGGCUCACACCGAGGCUCACCCUGAGCCCGGCGGCCCAUCAGGCCCUGGUGGCCGAGAUCGCCUCCACAGCGAAGCACAAGCAAGCCCUGGGGCCCCUGGAGCCGUUGAUCGACUCGCCGGGACUGGUGACGUUCCUCAGCUCGCGGUUCCGCGACUUGCGUCGCAAGGGCCUCGGCCCCCAGGAGGCGAUCCUCGUCGCGACGCAGCAGGCGGACCGCACGAACACGCCCCGCCGGCUGGUGAUCGACCUGCCGCUGGCGCUAACGCCGAUCGAGGAGGGGCUCAUCGCCGCGAUCCUGGCCAACGUCGACGAAGCGACCAUCGCCAUCGCCGGCCCCGACGAAGACGACCCCGCAGAGUCACAACUCCCCGCGGCGAAGCGGCUGCGCGAACGCUGGGAGAAGCUGCUCCCGGCGAUUGAGUUGCAUCAGGCGGUUGAGGCCGACCCCAUACCGCCCGGGCUCGCCCACGUGCGGCGCCACCUGUUCGAUGACAACGCCCCCCAACUUCCCACUUCCGCCGGCGUCGCCAUCGUCUCCGGCGGCAGCGCCCACGACACGGCCCGCCGCGUCGCGCGACGCGUCAAGCUGCUGCUCACCAGCGGCGUGCGGCCGAGCGACAUCGUCCUCACAGCGCCCUCGAUCGACGCGGCCGCGCCGCGUUACGUCGAGGCGCUGCGUGAGUACGGUGUGCCGGUCGCGGUCGACGCCUCGCCACGACUCGAGACCGCCGGCGUCACCAGCGCCAUCCGCGCGCUGCUCGGCUUGGUCGAGAGCAACUGGCGAUACGACGCGCUGCUGGCCGUCCUGUCACGCAGCGACUUCACCAAGCUUACGGAUCGCGGCGCCGCUGAAUGGUUCGUGCGAGAGCAACAAAUCCCAUCUGGCGGUCCGUACUUGUUGCAGCAAGCCCGACAUCUCGCCGAACUCGACACCACCAGCGCUAGCCUGCGUUUGAUAGAGUCCGUCAGGAAAGCAAAGCUGGCGUUGGGAGUUCUCGAAACGAUCGAAGCGGCCUGCGACAAGCUGGCCGGCGACGCCACGCCGCUCGCCUGGCUCGACGCGAUCGACGCGGCGCUGCGGGCGCUGGGCCACGCGGGCAUCGGCGCCUCGGCGAACCCCGACGACCGCCCCGCGGGGGACGUGCUCGAAGAGGCCGCCGCGGCGAUCGAGUCGCUCGCCCACUGGCGCCAGCGCGAGCCCCGCAAGCUUCAACGCCGUGAAUGGAACGCGCUGGUGCGCGCAUGGGCGGGACGGUUGCGACUCCCGACGCAAGGCGCCGCCGAGGGCCGCGUUCGAUUGGUGGGCACAACGACCGCGAUCGGCCUGCCGUGCGCGCACCUCCUCGUCGUCGAAGCGGGCGAGAGCGCCUUCGCAUCGCCCGACGCCGAGGGCGCCGACGAGGCGAUGCUGCACUUUUACGAGUUGUGC